CCCUCUUUGUGCGUCUCGCGCCGCCGCCGUCGCCGUCGCCGCCGCCCGCCGCGUGAGAGGACGGGCUCCGCGCGCUCCGCGGCCGCCCUCCCGCCUUCCUCUCCCCGGGAGAGCCGCGAAGGACAAGAAGCCGCCGAAGCCGGUCCCGGGGGGCGCCAUGGCGACCGGAGCGAACGCCACGCCGCUGGACUUCCCAAGUAAGAAGCGGAAGAGAAGCCGAUGGAACCAAGACACAAUGGAACAGAAGACAGUGAUUCCAGGAAUGCCCACAGUUAUUCCUCCUGGACUCACUCGGGAACAAGAGAGAGCUUAUAUAGUGCAACUGCAGAUAGAAGACCUGACUCGUAAACUGCGCACAGGAGACCUGGGCAUCCCCCCUAACCCUGAGGACAGGUCCCCUUCCCCUGAGCCCAUCUACAAUAGUGAGGGGAAGCGGCUCAACACCCGAGAGUUUCGUACCCGCAAAAAACUCGAGGAGGAGCGGCACAACCUCAUCACGGAAAUGGUUGCGCUCAACCCUGACUUCAAGCCGCCUGCAGAUUACAAACCACCAGCAACACGUGUGAGUGAUAAAGUAAUGAUUCCACAAGAUGAAUAUCCAGAAAUCAACUUUGUGGGCUUGCUCAUUGGGCCCAGAGGGAACACCUUGAAGAACAUAGAGAAAGAAUGCAACGCCAAGAUCAUGAUCCGGGGGAAAGGGUCUGUGAAAGAAGGGAAAGUGGGGCGCAAAGAUGGCCAGAUGUUGCCUGGGGAAGAUGAGCCACUUCAUGCUCUGGUUACUGCCAACACCAUGGAGAAUGUGAAGAAAGCGGUAGAACAGAUCAGAAACAUUCUAAAGCAGGGGAUUGAGACCCCUGAGGACCAGAAUGACCUCCGGAAGAUGCAGCUUCGGGAGUUAGCUCGCUUGAAUGGGACCCUUCGGGAAGACGAUAACAGGAUCUUAAGACCCUGGCAAAGCUCAGAGACUCGCAGCAUUACCAAUACUACGGUGUGCACCAAGUGCGGAGGGGCCGGCCACAUUGCUUCCGACUGUAAAUUCCAAAGGCCUGGAGACCCCCAAUCAGCUCAGGAUAAAGCACGGAUGGAUAAAGAAUAUUUGUCCCUCAUGGCUGAACUGGGGGAAGCACCUGUCCCAGCAUCUGUGGGCUCUACUUCUGGCCCAGCGACCACACCUCUGGCCAGUGCACCUCGACCUGCUGCUCCCGCCAACAACCCUCCUCCACCGUCUCUCAUGUCUACCACUCAGAGCCGCCCGCCGUGGAUGAAUUCCGGUCCUUCCGACAGUCGGCCGUAUCACGGCAUGCAUGGAGGUGGCCCCGGGGGUCCUGGAGGUGGCCCGCACAGUUUCCCACACCCGUUACCUAGCCUGACAGGUGGGCACGGUGGACACCCCAUGCAGCACAACCCGAAUGGACCACCACCUCCAUGGAUGCAGCCGCCUCCGCCACCGAUGAACCAGGGCCCCCACCCGCCUGGGCACCAUGGCCCUCCUCCAAUGGAUCAGUACCUGGGAAGUACGCCUGUGGGCUCUGGGGUCUAUCGCCUGCAUCAAGGAAAAGGUAUGAUGCCGCCGCCGCCUAUGGGCAUGAUGCCGCCACCGCCGCCGCCUCCCAGUGGGCAGCCCCCGCCCCCUCCCUCUGGCCCGCUUCCCCCAUGGCAGCAGCAGCAGCAGCAGCCUCCUCCGCCCCCGCCGCCCAGCAGCAGUAUGGCUUCCACUACCCCCUUGCCAUGGCAGCAAAAUACGACGACUACCACCACGAGCGCUGGCACAGGGUCCAUCCCGCCAUGGCAACAGCAGCAGGCGGCUGCCGCAGCUUCUCCAGGAGCCCCUCAGAUGCAAGGCAACCCCACUAUGGUGCCCCUGCCCCCCGGGGUCCAGCCGCCUCUGCCGCCCGGGGCCCCUCCCCCUCCGCCGCCUCCGCCACCUGGUUCCGCCGGCAUGAUGUAUGCCCCGCCCCCCCCUCCGCCGCCUCCCAUGGACCCUUCUAACUUUGUCACCAUGAUGGGCAUGGGGGUGGCGGGCAUGCCGCCCUUCGGGAUGCCUCCAGCUCCCCCACCGCCUCCACCACAGAACUAGACUCGGUUUUUUAAGGAAAUAUAUAUUCUAGAGAGAGAGAAUUGGCCUUGUUUUAAACACGCCGAACCUCACCAUGUGGAGCCAGACAUUGGGAUGCACGCAUGUGAUUGUGUGCACGCGUGUGUGUGUGCGUGCACGCACUGGGCUGGGCCGAGCGGCCGAGGACUCGCUGGGGGACAGGCAGGUGGUAGUAGGGGCGCCAGCUUGGGCUCUCCUGGCGCCCCGUAGCAUCGAGUGUCUUCUUUGUCUUUCUCUCCUCACCCAACUCCCUUUGCCUCUUCCCAAACCGUGCCGCUAGGAUCCCUCCCCGCGGCAGCGAUGGCCCGAGCCAUGAGAGUGAGGACUUUCCGCGCCCAUUGGUGACCCUUCCAGGCAGACAGCCUCAGCAGCGCCCCUGGUGGACAGGAUGGUUCGGCAAAGCAGCCUGAGUUAUUUUUGUGGA